UUGCGCAUGACAGUCAGUGCGGCCUUGCGGGCGGACCAUAGGGGCGGACUGAAGAGUGGUGCCAACAAAGGCCGAGUCGAUGGGGUUACAAAAAGAUUAAUUUGGAGUUCUAAAACCCAUUUGUUGUUGUAAAUAGAAUUUUAUAUAGGUUGUGAAUCUGUGAUUACGGUUAAGAAUGUGUGAAUGAUAUGAAUCGUGACGGCUAGCAAAGGAGUCAGCUGGUCAACAGUGCGAAUAGUGAAUAAGAAAUGGCGGCCUUGCCAGCAGGUGUUCAGUAUGGGUUAUCAUCUGAGUCUACUUAUAAAGAAAACAAGGAACUAGUGUUUGUGAAAUUAACGGAUUCAGCACUGAAAGCUAUAGAAGACUUCAUAAAAAAUAAUAAGGGCAAAUUGGGUAAACCUACAAUACAGUUCCUACCCGGAAAUGAAGGGAAAAUCUCAAUUCCGGCAUCCAAUGGCAAUGGCCCAUCGGGUGAGACUACUUUCCACUUCAGUGUCAAUAGUAAUGCAGAAAUGGAGGGUCCACAGGGUUCGUUCGAGUGCGUCAGAGGUGGCGGCCCCAGGCGUUUGGAGUCGUGCGGGCCGCUGCCGAGGAGGAUGCGGGUCCAGGCUAAUGAUGACUCGUAUGAGGCGACCAAGGACCGAAUGGCGAGGACCGUCGCCGCGGAGCAGAGUAAAUGCACCCGCGUGAUAAAGCCGAACCAGACGGACAUCGGGCGGCGUGUCAAGGUGCGGUCGGCGCUGUACUCAACGGGCCCCGCGCCGCACGCCGAGCCCCGAGACAGGCCCGAGCGGAUAGACAGGCCCGAGCGCUCGGAACGAGUAGAUAGGGAAAGGAUCGACAGGCUGGAAAGGCCGGAGCGGGCGGCGGCGCCCCCCGCGCCCCGGCCGCAGCCUCAGUUGCCGCAACUGCAGCCGCAACUGCAACCGCAACAGCAGCCGCAUCCGCUGCAGCAUCUGCAGCAGCGGCAGCCGCCUUCUAACCCGGAUCUCACUAAACGGUCCAUAAAAGAAAGAGUAAUACAAUUACUAGCAUUGAAACCUUACAAGAAGCCAGAAUUGUAUGCGAGGCUCAAUAGUGAGGGUAUUAAGGAGAGGGAAAGGGGUCUGGUUAGCAAGAUCCUGCCUCAAAUAAGCACGCUUAAGGACAACUGUUAUCAUUUACGUAGGCACAUAUGGAAUGACGUCAAUGAAGAUUGGCCGUUCUAUACAGAGGAAGAGAAACGCACGCUCAAGAGGCGGAAACCUCAAAAUCUAACGCCACCGUUAAGCAGCGACUCUGCGCACUCGCUGUCGCCGCGCGCGUCGCCGGGCGGCAAGCGGGCGGCGGCGGGCGCGGACGAGCUGCCGGCCAAGAAGCAGCGCAUCUCGCACUACCGCCGGCCCUCGCCGCCCUCCUCGGGCUACGCCACCACCUCCUCCGGCGAGCGCCACGCCUCCGACAAUGAGGACGACCGGACCACAGUGAAAAAGGACAAUGGCUACACGCUCAACUUUACUACUGUGAAGGAAAUCUGCGCCAGUCCUGUUAAAGCGAACGGUUUUAGAAAUAGUCCCCCAGUAGAGCAAACUAAUAUCACAGUUAAAGACAUCACAAAUACUGAACCUUUAGAAAAUACAGAAUUAACGUCUGCGCCCGAUGACAAAAUGACUGAAUUAGAUGACAUUGAAAGGCGAUACCCCCCAAUCACGAGCUCGAGUACGCGGCGUGCGUACAAGAACGAGUUCGCAACGCUGUACAAGGAGUACCGCGCGCUGUACGAGCGCGUGGCGCAGGUGGCCGCGCUGUUCACGCGUCUCGAGCAGCAGCUGCGGCGCGCGCAGCCGCACUCUCCCGACCAACAGAACAUAGAGCAGCGCAUCCAAGACGAGUACAGAAGGAUCAGCAACGACAACGCUUACCAGCAGCAGCGGCGGCGAGUCGACUUUCUGACGCGGAAGCUGAAUCACAUCAAACAGAUGGUGCAGCAGUACGAUAAUCUGUCUGUAACGCAUAUAAAGGACUACAAAAAUAUGCCACGCACGCUGAAGCCGUCGCGCGUGUCGCCGGCGCGCACGACGCAGGCGUACUGACACACGGGGCGCCGCCCGCCCGCCCGCGGCCCGUGACGUCUCACGUCUCAUCCGCUCUACUGUGCUCCGGUUCGUGACACUUUGAAAAGUAUUCAUGUAUUGGCGCGGCAGCUUCCUCCCGUUUUCUAGUAUACUUGUAGUCCGAUAAAUCGGACCGUAACGCCCUCAUUUUUCGAGCCAGAAUGGUAAACCAGUGUUAGUGUAACGAGCUUAGGCCUUAGUACGCGAUUGCAAUUCACUUUCCGCUUUCGAAUCUUUUUGCAACGGAAAGCAAACGAUCACAGUAUGGUAUUCGAACGCGACGACAAAAAUACCGCAAUGUGAUCGGUCGGCUGCAUCUCGCUGCGAAAAGAUUCGAUAGUGAAAUGUGAAUUGAAGCCCGCACUACGACCUAUGUCGCGGCCUUCUCGAGAAAACUAGUUUUUAUGUACUCUUUAUAAAAAUUACAAGCUCGCCAACCCAACACUAAUUUACGAUCCUGACUAGAAUCUGUCGGGACAAUGUUCAAAAUUACAUAAUUGAAUAAGGAUUCUAACAAUAUUUCGAUAUAAUAUUAACGCCCGAAAUCAGGCAUUUUUUAUACAGACUAUUAAAUUAGCAAGUUAGUACUUUUAUACAAAAAGUUGUUUAUCUAAGCACUAACUUACUAGCUUUAGAGGUUAGAAGGGUAAUCGCUCAAUUGGCUUCCUGACGUUUUAUUUAUUUAUAUAUCAGUGGUAUAUUAUCGUCUAGUCACAGAAGUCGAAUUUUGCAACGAUAGCCCAAAUAUUGGUUUAAGCCUAACUUCGCCGACAAAAGUUGUUUAUGCUGUGUUUUAGCCUUUCUAACCUCUUCUGUAUUCUGUAGUCUUCCAUUAACUAUAGAACUAUAACUGUUCUAUAUUUGAUGGUAGUCUGUAGCUGUCUCUUUCUGUCGCAGAAAUGUAACUCGGUAUGAGAUGAUCGGCUGCAUUUCUGUGCAAAAACUGUCUGAAACACAAGUUUAAAUUCCGCCAAUAUUGUCCAAACUAAAAUACGGACAGAUGAAUUUGCAAAAUUGGCCCCCUGUAGUUUAUAUAUUUUUUAAAGCCCGUAUUUUAAAAGUUAAGAUAGAAAGCCUUCCGAGGGUUGCGACGACGAAGCCUAUAUAAAAGUUUUAUUAUCGCAUCGACCGCGACCCACGGAAGGCAACCAAUUUUAAAAAGAAUUACACAUUGUUUACGAUGUCGCUGUAUGUUGAAAAAAAACAGUGCCAGACUCGAUGUGACAUUCGUUUUAAAUAUGCUUAAGCGACUCAAGCGUAUGUACAAGUGGUAUCGAACCAGCGUAGGGAAUCCUUUUCAAACUGCCUUCUCGUAUGCCUUUCAAACAGAGAUUUAUAUUUAUCUUAAGGAUCUAUAAAGGCUGUGUAAAGCGGCUCUGACCAUUUUGACGUUUGUUUUUGCUGCUUUAGGGAUUCCCCGCACUUAUCGACGUGGAAUCAGAUUUUGCUGGUCAGAAAAAGCCUUUAUGUCUAUGGCAAUAGUGUGUCGCUAAUACCAUUCGGAUUGAUGAGAGUCGAUGCAAACGGUAUUCAGUAUCUUCCCUAAUCCAUAGGCCAGAAAGUUUAUUCUGGCCAAUGAAAGCAGAUUCCGCGUCGAUAACUGUGGGAACUCCCCGAUUCUAGCUUGUAAUAUCUCCCGAAUAGUGACAGAAUGCAAUAUAUUGGCCUUUUGUAAGAACAUUUCUGUUAAGAAACGCUAGGUUAUAAUAUAGGUUUAUAUGGUGUCUGUACGCGGCACAUUGUCAUUUGUCUCGUUACGACGUCACGUUAUUUCUAUACUUUAUUCAUAUGAACAGCAAGAAACAAUUAUCAUGUAUCUACUGUUUUUGCUGCUAUCCACAGUACGACAAUUUCUCUCAGUAAAUCCUUCCUACGGAUAAAAUAAUUUUUUUUUAGAUGUGGAAAAUCCCUCGUCUCAUUCAGCCAUAACCACAUGCAACGAUUUUUGUGAUUGGUAGAAUUUGGUUCUAAAAAAACAUUUUUUAUGUCGAAAUGGGUAUUAUCAAUUUUGCUCCUGCCCUCAACAACAGUACGAUCUACCUAAAAGCAGUAGUAAACUGGUUUUUAACAAAUCACAUUUUUGUCCUCAUUCGUUGUCUACUCAUAAGACUGACUGUAAAGCUUUUAAUGUAACACAGAAUGUACAGUCUGUCUGUAAAGUAUAGGAAAUAAAUGAGGGCGCUGUGUCCUCUUGGGCUAGCAACACUGGGUGUUUAUCAACCAAUCCUGACAGCAAAAAAUGUACUUGGUUAAAAAUCAGUUUUCUAGUCUUUAUAUGCAGACUCGUAUAUUGUUUAAAAUUAUGCCAACAUUAUAAAUAUGUUAAAAAUCUCUCAAUUUUAUUAAUGAUGUGACGGUUUCGUGACGUUGUCAGUGAUGUUACGAUGUGUCACCGGCGUGGCGCUGUCCAUCGGCAGUUAGGAUAUGACAAACAUUUGGCUGCACACAAAUAUGAUUGAAUCCACGCCUAUUUCGAGCGAGGACGUCUAUUUAUACCUAGCAAUCGUUUCGAUACUUACCUUACCCUCAUUUCUAAAUAUAAAUUAGUGUUUCUAAAUAGAAUUGUAGGUAAAGAAAUACUUAUUGAUAUGAUGCCGAUGCCAGUUAUACACUAUCGGCGAACUCUGACACAUUGCUGUUCCAAAUUCGAAGAUUUAAUUUUUAAUUAUUAUUUUAAUGUUAUUAAAAAGAAAUGCAGAGAUAACUAAAAUGAUCUUACAAUAAAAAUCAAAAAUACGCACGUGACGUAUCUUGUUGAAAACUCCAAAAACCCCUUUUCUCUCUGUAUCACCUAUUGGUUGACUGGUACAAAAAGCUUCAGGCUUUAAUACCGCCUGUUACUUGCUUUUGUAAUAAAUGUAUAAAACGCUGCCUACAUUGCUUAGUACGUAAAUUCGCCGAUAAUGUAUGACGUUUGGUGAGGUUUGGCAAUUAACUUGAAAUAGGCGUUAUUUUUGUGUAGUUGGUGUUUGUAUGUUCAGUUCUGCCAGUUUGGCGAAGCGAGCGCUAUUCAGAUAAUAACUUCAUCCUUCAUUUAGAACUAAUUUAUCGCGUUCUUCCGUUAUUGUAUUUUGUUAACAUUAUAAAUCUGAGUUACAGGGUAUACUUACCGCCCUGCACCUACUUACCCCUUGUAUAAAAGUUAUAAUUUCUAUCGCCAUAGUGAUUUCGUGCACAAUGGCCUCAAGCCACUAAUUUAGUCUGGUUCAUUUUAAAUGUAAAUAAAAAUUAAAUUAUAAAAUAGUCCAAUAGUAGGUUCGUCCACGUUUUAUUCCAUUCGAAAAGUAAUGCCGUCUCGUGUUAUUGUUAUCCAUAGAUUGCUUAUAUUCACAGCUGAAUUCAAUUUUACUCUUUUAUCGAAUCCAUUAACAGUUAAGUAUAAAGAAUCAAUUCGUAACAUUUCUCAAAAGUCAAUUUACAGGGUUAUUUAAAUGCAUUAAUAUCGCCCCUUUUGUGUCAUGAUGUAAGUAAACCCGAACAUCGUCCUUUUUGCUUAUAUAAAAAUCCAUCCAUAUUUUAAAUGUUGGACGUUCAUUUAAUUUUAUAUCUUGCCCAGCUUGCAUGUUGUAUAUAGUAGUAUCUUAUAGAAAAGAAGAUUUAUUACAUUCUUGUUAAAUUUUGUUUUGGGUAGUGUAAUAUUUUAAUUAUUUCUCAAAAAAAAAAUAAAAAUAAUUUAAUUAUUUAUUCCGUAAUUUGGCUAUGUCGUGUGUAAUUGCCUUAAAUCUUUGUAAAUAUCUUAAAGGUUUAUGAAUUUGAGUGUCACAAAAUGUUGAUCCCCAGACUAAGUGUCUGUUGUUAGUGUUAGAAAGUAAAUAAACUCCUACACGCUUUAAUCAAAGAGUAUAGUGAUGAUGUCCUUUGGGCGUAGAACCAAGCGUGUAGACACGGCGAUCGCACGACCAGCCGCGUGCCUCAUACAUUACGCCAAUUAAAUUAUUAUAUUUUAUAUUCGAAAACGCCAAUUAAAAUAUUAUUGAGUGUUAGCAACAACCGGCCAGAAUUAAACAUCCACUAGAAGUAAGAACAUAUAUUGCUCUUCUUCAGAAUACCCUCCAAAACACAAUAAUUUUAAAUUAUUCUUUUAUUUACAUUCGGGCCAUAACAUUGCAAUUUUAUCUAACCAUUUCUAUAUUAUUGCGUAUGCACAAGCUUAAUCUUUUAAAAGUAUUUUGCCACAUGUUAUUUUUAUUAAUAAGCAUAAAAUAUUAAUUCACAUGAAUAUUAGAAUCUUAUGUUGAAAAUAGCAUAAUACACCUAACAUAAUAAAUAAAUUAAAACUUAUCUAUUGGGAAAGAAUCGUAUUAUAGGCUUGAAAAUAUUUUUUUUUAUUGCACUCGGUGACCAAAAUAUGUUUUUAACAACACAAGCAUUUAACAAAUGUCCCUAGAUCCUUCGUCCUUGGCCCAAUGUGUGGAAAGCCGUCUUGUGUAUUUGUCCUGUUAAUAACGUCCAUAUAUUUGAAAUGGUUUAGCGUUAAGUAAUAUUGAUUUUUAAAUCUUGAAAGCUAAAGUCAUAAUGCAAGUCCAGUUUGUCCUAUUGCAAUUAUGAGCGUCGAUUUCGAAAGGCGGUAACGUCUUUGAAAAUUACAUAAAGUAUUCAUUUGUCAUUCAUACAUAAUUAUAAUAUUUCUUUGUUAUUGAAUACGUAUAUUAAGCCUGUAGAAACCGACAUUUGUAUAGACCUACAAAUCCUGUUAUUUUUGUCAAUUAAUGUGUCAAAUGACGCUGCUUAUUUAUUUUCAUUAUAAUGGUCAAUUGUUUUUAUGUAUGGAAAGAAGCGAAGAAAUUUUUCAUUAAUGAAAUAAUAUAUACUUACAUAAUAUGUAUGUAAAGUUAUUUGGUCAAUUCAAUAGUAAGUGUCCUUUUGUUGCUCAUGAAUUAUGUGGUUAUAUCUCUUUCUACUCAUUAUAAUGCUCAAUGUUGUGUCAUGAUAUUAGAUAAUUAAAUUUCGCUAUUUAUUUGAUUGUCAUCGCGAUGUAGCAUACUUACUCAUUUACAUAAUAAUAAAUUAACUGAAACACGAGAACUUAUAUAAGUAUAUAUGCACAACGAAUUCGAACUUUCCAAUGUAAAUGUUAACGAUUGUCAUAAUUACUUUGACUUGUUAUCAUUUAUUGCGAAAUAUAAAUAAGCAUAUAUGUAUUAUACUUAUGUUACCUUUUCUAAAAAGAUUUUUGCUUGUCACAUAUCUUAUUCAUAUCUCAACUUUCUGCUAUCACAUUUCUUAAAUCAUUUAAUAGGAUCAAACAGUUAAAAUGUUAUUGUUACCACUAGUAUAAGGACAUUCAAUUGUUUUAAUGUAAUAUUUAGUAACAAUUUGUAUGUUACUGAUUUAUAGGUGAUUGUUUUCUAUGAAGGAGAUAUUCAUUUCUUAUGUUAUAUUAUCUGGAGUUGUUAACAAAGUGGGAUAUUGUGAAUGAUGCAUUCCAUUUGUCAGAGACGUUGAUUUUGCACUGUUCAUCGGCGCACUUAUUACGUGGAUAGUGUAAGAAAAUAUUAAAUAUAUUUUUACAGACAAAUCCUUAUGUAGGGGGGAAUGGUCUAUAUAUGCACCGUCGUGUCCGAAGCAACUCUUUACAUGCAAAGCUCCAACAAGACAGCGUACAUGGAUCCAUAUAUUUACAAUUUCCUGGUGCAAAAAAAUGAGCCAAUUCAACAGAUCUAAAAUGGUAUCACGAUGUACUGUCACAAAGGGAGUAAUCCACAUAUCUCAACUUACCUAUCGCUGAUAUAAGGACUCUAGGAUUUCUCCCGAAUUAUCGCCUUCGGUUGCAAUAUAUAUGGGACCAUCUGUUCCUGUCUAUUGACACACAGGUAUAUUAUAAGUUAAGAAUAUUUUUCAUUUAUCGUUACCAAUAGGGAAUAAUUAACGGUUUCUUUGAUUGAUCAAGUGUUCUGAGUUGUUCAUAUAUAGGUAUAUGAAUUGUUCAUAUAUGUGACUUAUUUUCAGAAUUUUUAUUAAUAAUAAUAGCUAUUAUUAACAAUUCUAACAAUAAGUAAGCUAAAGAGCUAAAUGUGGCUUUCCGAGUAUUGCAACUCGUGGAUGCAAGGCGUGACAGACACUGUAUGUUAAUUACUUGGUUUUUUUCGGGUCCUGACAGUUAUGGGUUAGUUCAAAUAUUACACGAUUGAAUCCAUAUAUGAAAUGGGUUCCAACUGGUUUUAAACGAGAUUCUGGUUUAAAUCCGGGUGAUUACACAUCACUAAUCAAAAUUGUGUAAUUAAAUGGGUUUAGUUAUCUGAAACAAAUUAAUGUUAUUUAUUUUAAAAUUAUAUUGUAAAAAGUAAUUUAAGAGCACCUAAUUAAUCAUUAAAGAACACAUCCCCGUUGGUAGCGACAAAUGAAAAAAUCUAACUAUCUGCAGUAGAAGGUUGCAAUGUAUGUACCAUUGCUAUAGCAAUCAGUGACGAUAAUUUAAAAAUCCAAGUGUGUCCAAAAACACAGUGGGAAUAGGUCAGUACGGAUAUGUGGAGAAAAUGUCAAACGUUGCUCGAUUGUUACCGAUGAAGUCAUUAGGGUGUUUGGACAGAAAUAUUUGUAUUUUGUCAUGUUUAUACAAAGGAAAUAUAUCUCAAUAAAAUAUCAUAGUCCAUUGUACAGAAUGCAUAUUUAGAAUCUAGUGACAUCAUCUUUUCUUAAACCCUAGUUAGUGAUAUAUUAGGUGUACUAAUUCCCAAACAUUAUCGUUCUUUGUGUCAUGACAAACUCGCCACUGACCUUGUAUAUAUGUUAUGUUUGCAACUCAUGUGGAUAUCAGCCUGGUUGUUUUAACCCCAUAUUUUAAUAAUAACAAUGAAUUUGGCCUAUUUUAUUUGAAACAAACAAGAUGUUAAGAAUUUGUGUGGCAACUUUGUCAUGUACAAAUAUGUUAUAUUACUUAACAUAGCUGAUAUUAUAACGGCUUAAGGCGGGCGUACAUGAUUAUUACCUUAUUUUAAUUGUUAGAUAAUAGAUAUAGAUUUCAGUUUAUGUUCUGAUCAAAUGUUAUUGUAAAUUGCUGUACAGUAAAAGAGUGAAGGCCGCGCUGCGCGACCGGUCUCGGCAUCGUUUUACCAAGACUGUCGAUUCACCGAACAAUUGAAUAUCAUGUAUUAUAUCAAUGUAAAUAGAGUACGAAUUAGACAUUUAGACAUUUUAAGGGAUGUAAUCGUAGUUUAUUAUUGUUUGUAUUUUUCUUUUUUUAAGAAAGGGAAUAUAAAUUGAAUGGGGUACGUUGAGUAUCGAUGCGGGGCGGUCGCGCGGCCGGGGACUCCGCUAUGAAACAAUACUGCGAUAUUCCUAGUGCCCCUCGAAAUAUCAGUGCAUUAUGAGUCAAGAUGAAUACACGAUGCGGUAGUGUUAUAUAAGUAUAGAUGCGUUAUACGAGCUCGAGUCGGGUGCAUUAGCGGCCUGUCCGAGCAAACGACGACUAGCUAUGAAUUUCUGACAUCGGCUCACGUUAAUUAGCUUUUAAAUAUUUCAUCAAAAUAUAAAAUACACAAAAAAAAUGGAUAUAAAUUUCUCGACCAAGUACUGGUUGUUAUUAAAUUAUUAAAAUGUAAAAAAAAAUUAGAUUAUAAACAAAGUAUAGGUACAAUUUAUGAAUUAUACUUUUCUUUUCGGCAUUUCAUGUGACAGUGUAAAGGAUCUAGCUUCUUACUAUAUGGAAACUCGUUUUCAAUGUUCUUUUUGUGAACACGAAGCACGUUAGUUGAAGUUAAAUAGCCUUACACGGUAUCAAAUAAAAUCUAGUUAAUAUAUUUUUGUGAUUUCUUUUGCUCAUGUCCUCUUUCAUUGCUUUAUAUUUUUUUGUCAUCUGUCAAUGUAUACCGUAGUAUGAUUUUGUUAAGGCAGGGUAAUGCAGACAUUAGAAGAGGUACUUUUUAAUUUUGAAUUAAUUGAUUUAUUUGUUUGUUUGAAUGUUUAAAUUGAGUUGAAUUUAUCCAUUCAAUGGAAUAUUUGUAAUAUUAGAGAGGCGCCAGUUUGUUGUUUUUUUUUAAGUCAAUUGGAAUUUGGAAUAUAAUGAGGCAGCAGAUUAUUAUUAGUUGAUAUGACUGUCAAGUUACCACAGAACACAGUAGUCAAAGGAAGGCUCUCUUUGGUUGCCCUUUAUCGUGCAAGCUUGAUACGAACGGACGCAAGUCGUCUGCACUAAAUUAUAAUAGGAAUAGUCAGUAUUACAUCAUGCAAUAGACAUGAGCUGAAGAGAGGUUGUGAAGAGUAUCGUUAUAAAAGGUACCUAUUCAAAAUCUGGAUUAAACAGACUAACUCAUUUAAAGAAACAGAUUACUGCUGCAAUGUGCAUUUAAGCCAUCUUCAUUUAUUAAUUUGAAAUAUGGGAUCAGUGCCAAACUUCCACCUUCUUUGUAGUAGCUCAAAAUGAUGCAAUUGUUAGCAUGCUUGAAGACACAGCUAAGUAAUUGUUUAGUUAGUCUGCCAUUUUGUGAAUAUUUUGUUUUGAUAGUUAUAUGUAAAUCUUUUAUAAUAUAUUUGUUUACAAUAAAUAAAUGACAACAUUAUAAUAAAGAAAUUGUAUUUUCCAUUUAAACUGAUGAAAAAAAUAUAAAAAGAUAAUAUGCAAAAUUA